GCUGUCCUGGCUCCCGACUAGGGAAGCAGCCGAGGAGGCGGCGCGGCGGACCCCGGCCGAGGCUCGGGCGGGGCGGCGGGGGAGGCUGGCUGGCUGGCGGCGUCCGUAGCGCGGGGAGAGCGGCGCGGCGGGCUGGGCGCUCCCGGCGAGAGGAGUCCGCUCCAUGCGUGCGGGCCGAGCCCGGCCCCUGCGAGCCGCCGACAUGAAGAAAGACGUGCGGAUCCUGCUGGUGGGAGAACCUAGAGUUGGGAAGACAUCACUGAUUAUGUCUCUGGUUAGUGAAGAAUUCCCAGAAGAGGUUCCUCCCCGGGCAGAAGAAAUUACCAUUCCAGCUGAUGUCACCCCUGAGAGAGUUCCAACACACAUCGUUGACUACUCAGAAGCAGAACAGAGUGAUGAACAGCUUCAUCAAGAGAUAUCACAGGCAAAUGUCAUCUGCAUAGUUUAUGCUGUUAACAACAAGCAUUCCAUUGAUAAGGUAACAAGUCGAUGGAUUCCUCUCAUAAAUGAAAGAACGGACAAAGACAGCAGGCUGCCUUUGAUACUGGUUGGGAACAAGUCUGAUCUGGUGGAAUAUAGUAGUAUGGAGACCAUCCUGCCCAUUAUGAACCAGUACACAGAAAUAGAAACCUGUGUGGAGUGUUCAGCAAAAAACCUGAAAAACAUAUCAGAGCUCUUUUAUUACGCACAGAAAGCUGUUCUUCAUCCUACAGGGCCUCUGUACUGCCCAGAGGAGAAGGAGAUGAAACCAGCCUGUAUAAAAGCCCUCACCCGCAUAUUUAAAAUAUCUGAUCAAGAUAAUGAUGGCACUCUCAACGAUGCUGAACUCAACUUCUUUCAGAGAAUUUGUUUCAACACUCCAUUAGCUCCCCAAGCUCUGGAAGAUGUCAAAAAUGUAGUCCGAAAACAUAUCAGUGAUGGCGUGGCUGAUAGUGGAUUGACCCUGAAAGGUUUUCUGUUUUUACACACACUUUUUAUCCAGAGAGGGAGACAUGAAACGACUUGGACUGUGCUUCGACGAUUUGGUUAUGAUGAUGAUCUGGAUUUGACACCCGAAUAUUUAUUCCCCUUGCUAAAAAUACCUCCUGAUUGUACUACUGAAUUAAAUCAUCACGCAUAUUUGUUUCUCCAAAGCACCUUUGACAAGCAUGAUUUGGAUAGAGACUGUGCUUUGUCACCUGAUGAGCUUAAAGAUUUGUUUAAAGUUUUUCCUUACAUACCGUGGGGACCAGAUGUGAAUAACACAGUUUGUACAAAUGAAAGAGGCUGGAUAACCUACCAGGGAUUUCUUUCCCAGUGGACGCUCACGACUUAUUUAGACGUGCAGCGCUGCCUGGAGUAUUUGGGCUAUCUGGGCUAUUCGAUACUGACCGAACAGGAGUCUCAAGCUUCAGCCAUUACAGUAACAAGAGAUAAAAAGAUAGACCUUCAGAAAAAACAGACUCAAAGAAAUGUGUUCAGAUGUAAUGUAAUUGGGAUGAAAAACUGUGGGAAAAGUGGAGUUCUUCAGGCUCUUCUUGGAAGAAACUUAAUGAGACAGAAGAAAAUCCGUGAUGAUCAUAAAUCCUACUAUGCGAUUAACACUGUUUAUGUCUACGGACAAGAGAAAUACUUGUUGUUGCAUGAUAUCUCAGAAUCGGAAUUUCUAACUGAGGCUGAGAUCAUUUGUGAUGUUGUUUGCCUGGUAUAUGACGUCAGUAACCCCAAAUCCUUUGAAUACUGUGCUAGGAUUUUUAAGCAACACUUCAUGGACAGCAGAAUACCUUGCUUAAUCAUAGCUGCAAAGUCCGACCUGCAUGAAGUUAAACAAGACUAUAGUAUUUCACCUGCUGAUUUCUGCAGGAAACACAAAAUGCCUCCACCGCAAGCCUUCACUUGCAAUACUGCUGAUGCACCCAGUAAAGACAUCUUUGUUAAAUUGACAACAAUGGCCAUGUACCCAGAGGAUCAUUACAGAGACAGACUCUCCCGAGACAACCCUGAUAGAAUAGAGAAUUUGAGAAAAAUCUGGGUCUUUCUAAAAACUGCUUUCCAUGCCCGGUUACGCUGUAUGUGCACCUGCAACAGGUGUACGUUUUGCAUCUGUCAGAACUUCCUCAACUCAGACUUGCUGCAAUCUGUAAAGAACAAAAUCUUCACUGCAGUUCUUAACAGGCACGUGACUCAAGCUGACCUCAAGAGCUCCACGUUUUGGCUUCGAGCAAGUUUUGGUGCUACUGUUUUUGCAGUUUUGGGUUUUGCAAUGUACAGAGCAUUGUUGAAACAGCGAUGAUUAAAACAAAAAAUACUGGCCCCACCAAAAACAAAUACUUUUAUGUAUUUAUGUAUGCUUUAAAUUCUGCUAGAAAUAUUGAGAUAUUUAUACAUGCAGAGUUACUUUAUUAAUAUUUGUAAUUCAUGCAUAAGAGUAUUUUAAUGAUAGUUAUAACUGCAGUAUUGGCUAGCAUUGGAAAGAAACAGCUUAACAGCCAAACUAAAAUGGCUAGAUUUCAGAGGCCAAAAGGGAAUAUUUUGUAAAUAAUGUACAUAUUCAGGCAAGAUAUGGUCUCCCACACUGAAUUCUAGAAAUGAUGUUUCUAGACGUUUCUACAUGGUAUUGUUAGUGUUCAGUUGGCUCACUCUCCUAGGUCUCAGCUCAGAGAUUGUAUUUACUCAUGGAUCACUUAUUUAUUUCACAUUUGACUCGGGAUGAUCCUCUGGGUUCUUCAAAGAGCACCAGGCACAAUUGGCCAUUUUCUCUCCAUUUUUAAGAACAGGCGAGGUGUUACCGUCUUACACCUCCCCUGCAGACACUCAUGGUAGGCCAGCCCUGAAGCCACCGUGCGGGCUAGAGAAUUGCACAGCCAAGUGUCCAAGUGCUUCUCUGAGGAAGGAGUGAGUUCACGGCAAUUAGCAGAGGCGUCGCCUGUAUGAUUAUGUUGCUUCCUUUGUCUGUAUGUUGAAUUUUAUAGCCCUUUCAAUCAAAUGAGGAAACAAGAUUUGUAUGUUAUCCAUGUUUUUAGUUUGAAUAAACAGUGACCAUUACUACUACUGAACCUCCUCCCAAAGCGUACAUCAUUCUGCAAUGGCCGUGUCUGCUCCGGGCGGUACAGUAGCUGCAUGUGUCGCCCGUGUUCUCUCUCUGGCUAGGACAACCUGGAAGCAGCACUUUUUUAAAUGGUAAAGUAAAUCUAAUGAAUAUAAACUCUCAUGACAAACCUAUUUUUUUCCAUCAUCGACCUUUUCAAGUAUUUAAAUAAAUAACUGCUGUGUACCGUGA